AAAAAGAGUGUCAAGUGGACAUGCAAAGCCUGUGGAGAGAAGCAGUCCUUUUUGCGGACUGUUCAGUCACAUUCUCUGCUCCAAGUCCACAGAAUCUCAUUCCAAGCCACCUGGAAGAGCUGAGUCCCAGUUAUAAAUUCCUAGGAGAAGCAAUCUGGUUGGCCCAGGCUGAUUCGGAUGUCCACCUCUGGUCCAGUCAACUGGGAUUGGGUCUCAGUAGAGAGGGGCUGGCUUACCAGGCUUAUGGUGAAGGCUCUGGUGCUGACUGUAGACGCCAUGUCCAAAAAUUAAAUCUACUACAGGGACAGGUUUCAGAGCUGCCACUCAGGUCUGUAGAAGAAACUGUCAGUGCUGGUGAAGAAGAAAACGUGGGCCACCAGCAGGCUGGGAAUGUGAAGCAGCAGGAAACAUCGCAGCCCUCGGAGAGUCGCUGGCUGAAGUAUCUAGAAAGGGACUCCCAAGAACUGGAGCUGGGAGGAAGAGGAGUGUGUUUCAGCGAACAGCCUUCAUCCAAAACGGAGGAGCCAGGCCCCCGCCUCAGCCAAGACCUGCCUAGAAAAAGGAAGUGGAGCCAGAGCACCAUCCAGCCUCCGUGCAGCCUUGGCAUCCAGGACUCGGGUGGCUCUGAGGUCGCCUGGGAACCCCAGAAGGGACAAGCUGGCUUGACAUGGAAGGUGAAGCAAGGCAGCAGCCCCUGCCUCCGGGAGAACGCUGCCGACUGCAGUGCCAGGGAGCCGAGGGGUCCUGGGAAGGAGCUAUGGAGUCCUGCCCAGCAGGUCACCGCCACCUCCUCUAAAUGGGCGCAAUUUGUCCUGUCACCUAGAAACAGUUCGCAUGUGGACAGAGAGCAGCCAACGCCUCUUCAGAGGGAUCCCGGGCCAGCUGCUCCAGCACAGGCUAAGCAGGGGCCCCCCGGGACCCCCAGAGCACAGGCCUCAAGGGAAGGCCUCAGCAGGCCCACCGACGCUGUCCAGCUUCCUCGGGCCACACACCCCACCACAUCCGGGCCUGAGAGGCCCUGCGGGAAGACCUCAUGGGACGCAAGGACUCCCUGGGCAGAGGGUGGGCCCCUGGUCCAGGAGACACAGAAUCCCCGACUCCCACGACUGUGUGACCUCUUUACAACUGGUGAAGACUUUGAUGAUGAUCUGUGACUGGCAGGUUAUUAUUAAUCGAGAUACACUUGUUAGGAGGGACAGGGUUCCCUAAGGCACUUUUAAAGAUACUGUGUAAGCACCACCAAUAAACUUACUGUCAA